GAACUUCGGAAAAAAAUGCUACAUCCAAGUCGAUCCGAUUGUUCUCCUCGACAACCGACCCGCGUCCAAGAGCUACCAGAUGGGCUCAAGAAGUAAUGGGUCUUGUGCAACAUUCGGUGCCACUUUGGUUGAUACAAAUCCACUGAACAAUGAAGGCACAAGCAUGGACCAAUGGCACCAGUGCGCUGUUAGUAACACGUCUAUUUUUGCUGUAACUAACCCGAACAAUGCGCUCGGCAAACUGUUAAACCUCAGCACCGCCUGGAUUCUGCUGGGACAAUCAAGUACGGAGUGCUACAAGCAUCUCGGUAACAUCUGGCUAUACAAGAGAAAUCAGUGUAGUAUGGAAAUGUUGCAGGAAACGUACAUAAUGAAAAGAUUGUCUGCAGGACAAUCCGACAGCGCACUUCAACUCCUUGCCAAGCGAAUUGGCGGUAACAAUGUUAGGGACCUCAGCAACAUUAUUAUUUCUGGAUCACUUAUCUUGGCACCAUGGUCGCAUUUUAGCGGCAUUCACUGGAGCUCUUCAGCUGGAAAUAGAUCUGGGCGGAUCCUCUCACGAAUUACGUUAUACCCAGCCCCAGGAGAGCAUAUUACUGUCAAUAUCCGCACCUAUGAUGACUUACUGUCGACGACUAGUUCUCGAAUGAAAGUUCAGAUUAUCAGUGAGGAUAAUGUUCACAUGCUACGCUAUGGAGCAAGAGAUAGAGGGCUGUAUGAGCACCUGGGAGAGAUGUACUUUAUAUCCAGCUCACCUCUCACCGGUAUAGCACUUGGCGGCGAACCAGGAGCACGAGGAUAUUUCCGGUUUAUGUUGUUGGAUGAUACUGCCAAAGAACAGAAGUCUCAAGAUGGAUUCUACUUGGAUGUUCCAUUUGAGUUGCGACCUUGUUUUGGAGGCUUUCAUGGCCCUGUUUUAGCGGUGACCGUAAAGUACCAGCCACUGACUCCGCUGACUAAAGUGUGCUACUGUAUAAACUCUACGGCGAUACAGAAGUGCAGCAAGGGUCGCUUUGUGCACAUGAAACCAGGCUAUUGGGCCGGUAACGUAGCAACCAAUAGCCGUCGCGACUCAGAAAAGGAACCUCUUGAUUGGAAAUCUACUGCUGAAUAUUUGGUGUUUGAAACGGAGAGCAACAUUUCAAAUAGCACGUUCAAAGAGACGCGGGCUUAUGAAUCAUUCGUCGAUUACCCGUUCGGUAUUGCACAGUGCACGAAUGGCCUUUGCAGUAGUAGUGCGUGGCUGUACAAUGGAUCCGGAACGCUAGCAUGUGUUGGCAAUGCCGCGGGUAUCUUGUGUGGAGAAUGCAGAGCCGGCACAAGACUGAAGCUAGCAUUAGCGCAAUGCGCUGAUUGCUCAAUGACGUUAUCUAUCCCACUAUGGGUAUACGUCAUAGCCAUGGUGGUUAUGACAGUCCUGACAUCCAUUCUGCUCUUCUACUUCAAUGUUGGCCUUUCACCAGUUCUGGAUAGCUGGCUGUUCUUUGUGCAGACGUCUUGGUACAUCUUCCCGAACGAAGUUACAUUCGUCUACAGCAGCAUCUACACCGUGUUGACUUUUGGACUCGGACACGUGUGUCUCAAAGAGGACCUAUAUCGACUUCAAGUCAGCACUCUACUCCUCAUCCAACCAAUCACACUUCUUCUCAUCUUCCUGGCUAUACGCAUUGCACGAUCGCACAACUAUCUUGGAACACGAUUGGCAAGACUUCAGAGCCACAUGAAACUAGUGCGAGUCAUGUGGUUUGUUCUGGUUUACAGCUACUUUAUGCUCACCUUCACAGCUCUCAGUGUGUUCUGGUGUGUGCAAAUCAACGACAGGCAGGUGCUUGCCAUGGAUGGUUCAGUAGACUGCUAUGUUUCACCACAUCGAGGCUAUGUCCUGGCAGCAGUCGCAAUCCUAGCCAUAGUUAUCCUCCCACCGCCGUUUCUAUUACUCACUCGACGAACCCAUGGUCAUAUCAUGUUGAAGGGUUUCGUGGACGAGGCGUGCUGCAUGUACACUGAUGAGUGCCGCUGGUGGUCAGCUGUGAACCUGUUGAGGCGUAUUGCCAUAGGCCUGCUUGGAUCACUACCGUUUUCGAGCGCGGUGUCCAGACUGUUGGUGACAUCUGGAUUCCUUCUGCUACUUCUGAUGGUGCAUAGCAAAGUUCGGCCUCUUCGGAAGGGUGAUUUUUCGGGUGUUGGCUACAACACAUGGGAGUCGUUCAUGCUCUGCAUUUCCAUCUGUAUCGCAGUACUCUACAGUGUCAUGUACGCGUCGCAGAUGACCGAAAACUAUGUGCUAUGGGUCUGUGGGGCACUCUUCCUUACGCCCACUGCGUUGGUGCUGACAGCACUCCUAUACCGACAAUGCCUAGCCAAGGAAGGAGGCUACGGAAGAUUCAGAACCCUCUCCGCUCGCCGCAUGUGGCGGCGUCGGCAGGAGAGACGUAGACGGGAGAGAACCGAAUCACAUCUGGACGAAACAGCCUUGGCCAACUUGAUAGGCGGCAUCAGAGACCCACUCUUAGUUGAUAACAUCCGUGAUCAACAAGAGGGUCGUCUCUAAAUUAUGUUGUGUAACCAUGCACCUGACAGAUCUUCUAUAACACGAGAAGCUGUAUUUGCUGUAAAUUAGCCUCUAAUUUUUAAGUAGUAGUAAGCACUCCCCAAUUAUGAUCUCUCAACGCUCACAUGACGAUCUCCACGCAGAAGUACCAUACACGUUCAAGCACAUCUUUCUCCCCCUCAAAAGCAAUGAAGGAAAGGCCUGGAUACGCAUUAUUGGUACUAAGACACUAAUAACUAUGAAGAGAGGAAUGGAGGAGUAUCUGGUCUUCUGUAAUAACGUUGAAUGACAACAUGUUGCCAAAUGGAUCUUCUACAUUUGUAUGCAUAUUGCAACACACAUUCUGUAUUGGAUUACUUCAAGCUUCAAGCAAUCGCCUAUUCGCUAUUUGUCCUGGUAUCCGUAGCGGAUCCUUUCUUUUUACGAAAAGCGUAAUUGAAUAUAAUUAUUCAUUGCUACGAUCAUGCAUUAUGUGCUUGCGCGGCUCUCCCGAUCUAUAUUACCACCUGGAGGGUGAUUCGGAAGAACAACCUUCCAUAUUGGCUGUGGCAACAGAACGAUAGGCAUUUGGAAUUUUACAUGUUUUUCUACUUUUGGUGUUUCAAUGUUUUUUUUCUUUUCAUCUUGCAUGUACAUGUUCGUACCAGCCUUUUAUUCUUACUCCCCCCUCCGUAUCGUCAUGCUCAUGGCGUUGGCUCUUUUCUUCGGUUGGGGGGAACAGAGUCCCAUGCCGUGUAAAACAUUGAAUUGUACGCCAUAUCCAUGAACUAUUCAUUUUUUCACUCCUUAGUUGCUCAUAAACUAG